CACCAGGAAACGCGAUCAAGGCACGCACAGAGGCCAGUGGCCUAGGAGCAGAAUGGGACGGCUCCAGUCGCCCAGAAGCCUCCCACCAGAACAGACAUGGAAAUUUUAGUCGCCCUCGGAGGGUUGGCGUUGGCCACCCUGUUAAUUAUCCGAAACAUCUGCCGGCGAAGCAGACGACGGACCAGAGUCAACAAAAUCAUGGUGUACGUAGAAGGCAACAUCGGAGUAGGAAAGACCACUUUAUUGCAAAAACUGGCAGAAAAAGGGUACCCAGUGGUUCAAGAACCUGUGAAACUUUGGACCGACUGCAACGGAGUGAACUUCUUGGUUCUGUACUCGAAGGACCUACCGAAAUGGGCUUUCACUUUCCAAACGUUAGCCUUGUUUUCAAUCUGGCACGAGCAAGCGGAGGCCUGUGGCGACCAACCUAUAAUAAUCAUGGAAAGAUCGGUCCACAGUGUGGUGAAAAUGUUCGCCCUCAAUCAAUUCAAGAACGGAUUCCUCAGCCUACCGCAGUACUUAUUACUGGAGAAGCUAUCUCAGAUGCUGUCAGGAAGAUUUAAAAGAAGAGAAGUGUUCAUCUACCUACACACCACAGCUGAGGAAGCACAUCACAGAAUGAAGCUCAGAGCCCGUUCCGAAGAAGCCGGAUUGUCACUGCAGUAUUUUCAACAACUUCAGGAGAUUCUUCUUGGCUGGAUGACUAAGGAAGAAAAACUGCAAUUGGUGGUCAACGCGUCUCAAGGGCCCCAGGAAGUCUUCCGAGUAGUGGAGCGGUUCCAGCAGACCUGACAGCGGUGUAUGUGGACGGAACAACGGCAGAGAGCAUCCCCAA